CUUUCAUAAACUUUGCAACAUCUGCUCUUUUGGUUCCUGUCUGGGAGUCUGCUUUGUCAAGGCAUAGGAGGUUGGUGGAUAGAACAAAAACUGAAUUUCUUUCAUUUAUGCAGAUUGUGUGUGUUCUAUGUUUGCAAGAUGAAUACAUGGCUGAUCAGAAUCACUUCCAUCCUGCUGUUUCAGAGCCUCUUCUUCAGCAUAGGAAGCCAAAGGAUUCCAAGUGUGAAGGAAAAGGAAGAGACAGAAAAGUCUAAUUUACUAGAAAAUCCAUGCAAAGGAGCUCCUCUGGACUUUAUCUUCAUCAUCGAUAGCUCUCGUAGCGUUCGUCCUGAUGACUAUGAGAGAGUUAAAACAUUCAUUAUCAACAUCUUGAAAUUUCUGGAUGUUGGCCCCGAUGCCACCAGGGUAGGUCUUGUCCAGUAUGGCAGCAUUGUUCAAAAUGAAUUCUCUUUGAAGAACUACACAAGGAAAGUAGACAUGGAGAAAGCUGUCCAGGGCAUGGUCCACUUAGCUUCUGGUACAAUGACAGGUCUGGCCAUUGAAUACACCAUGAAUGUGGCUUUUUCUGAAGAAGAGGGUGCACGCCCUCUUGCUAUGCACAUCCCACGCAUAGCCAUGAUCGUGACAGAUGGCAGACCCCAAGAUACUGUUGAAGAGGUGUCGGCACAAGCUAGAGAAGCAGGCAUCAUAAUUUAUGUCAUUGGUGUCGGCAGGGUAGACAUGGCUACGUUACGGUCCAUGGGAAGUGAGCCUCAUGAAGAGCAUGUGUUCCUGGUAGCGAAUUUCAGUCAAAUCGAAACCUUGACAUCCGUGUUCCAGUCUAAGUUUUGCAAAGGUGGGGACUUGUGUGGCUCCAUAGAUCACCAGUGCUCACACAUCUGCAUCAACAUCCCAGGGUCUUAUGUGUGCAGGUGCAGGAAAGGAUACUUCUUGAACCCUGACGGCAAAACCUGCAGCGCUCUUGACAUGUGUGCCACUGAGAAUCACGGCUGCCAACAUUUGUGUGUGACUCUUCCUGGCUCUUACAAGUGCCAGUGCCGUGUUGGCUAUGAGCUUAAUGAAGAUCAAAAGACAUGCAGCAGAGUUGAUUUUUGUGACUUGGGAAAGCACGGAUGUGAACAUGACUGCAUCACUACAGUGGAAUCAUACAUCUGCAAGUGUCGCAGAGGGUUUACACUUAAUCCUGAUGGCAAGACAUGCAGUAGGAUUAACCACUGUGCUUUAGGAACCCAUGGCUGUGAGCAGGAGUGCGUUAACACUGUGGACUCUUUCAUCUGCAGAUGUCACGCUGGCUACACCCUCAACCUGGACGGCAAAACAUGCACAAAAGUAGAUCACUGUGCAGGGACUGACAAUGGAUGUGAACACAUUUGUCUUAACACGGACGAGUCUUAUAUAUGUCAGUGCAAUAAGGGUUACAUCCUCAAUGAAGAUUUAAAAACAUGUACAAAGGUAGACUAUUGUGCGUUGUUUAGACAUGACUGUGAGCACCUUUGUCUGAACACGGAGAAGUCCUACAUCUGUCAGUGUUUUGAUGGCUACACUUUAAAUGCAGAUGGGAAGACAUGUAGAAGACCUGAUAUUUGUAGCACUGCUCAGCAUGGAUGUGAACAUCUUUGUGUCAAUACUGAAGAUUCCUACAUAUGCAAAUGUUUUGAUGGUUUCACCUUGGCUGAAGAUGGAAAGAAAUGCCGAAAAUGUGCAGAAGGGGCUAUUGACCUGAUGUUCGUGAUUGAUGGAUCCAAAAGCCUGGGCCCUGAUAAUUUUGAGAAGGUCAAGCAGUUUGUCAGUGGGAUCGUGAGCUCUUUGGAUGUUUCCCCAAAAGCCAGCAGAGUGGGCCUUUUGCAGUACUCCACAAAAGUACGUUCUGAGUUCACACUGGGGCAGCACAAGACAGCGGCGGAUAUCACGCAAGCGGUUUCCAAAAUCGAGUACAUGGGCAGGGGGUCCAUGACAGGGAGUGCCCUGAAGUACAUGUUUGAGAAGAGUUUUACAGAAGCAGAAGGAGUAAGGCCUUCCUCAGCUCAUGUGGCCCGAGUGAGCAUUGUGUUUACUGACGGCCGAUCUCAAGAUGAUGUUUCAGAGUGGGCGGAUAAAGCAAAGAAGUCUGGCAUUACGAUGUAUGCAGUGGGUGUUGGCAAAGCCAUCGAGGGUGAGCUGUAUGAAAUCGCCUCAGAGCCUCAGAAUAAACAUCUGUAUUAUGCAGAAGAUUUCAGCAACAUGGGGACCAUCGCUGAGAAGUUGAAAUCCCGCAUCUGUGAAGAAAAGCCUGCCACAGAAGACCAGUGUAUGUGUGAAAAUGUAAUCAAGUUCCAAAACCAAGCCACCGAACAAAUACAAAAACUAACAGUGCAGCUGGAAAAGAUUGGAAGAAAACUGGAAUCUCUGGAAAACCAGCUGAUAUACAACUGACAAUUUUAAAGGGACCAAGCUGUUUCGACAGAUGUUAGAAGGCAUGUCAAGGAAUGU